AUGCAUAGUACGAAUGGCAUGAAUGGCACGCACCAGGAGGAAUCCCCUGCGUUGCAACCAAUUGCAAUCAUUGGAUAUGCCUGUCGACUAUCGGGACAGGUCGCCUCGCCCGGCGACUUAUGGGAGUUGUGUACUCGAGGUAGGAGCGGUUGGGCCCCAAUCCCCAAGGACCGCUUCUCCCACGGUGCCUAUCACCAUCCCAAUCCCUCCAAACCCGGUACCUUCAAUCCAGCCGGCGGUUACUUUCUAGACAAGGAUGUUUCCCGAUUCGACGCCCCCUUCUUCAAUGUCACCGUUCAGGAAGCCAUUUCAAUGGACCCCCAGCAGCGUAUGCUGCUCGAGACCUCCUUCGAAGCUUUGGAGAGUGCUGGCAUUCCCAAAGAGUCUCUUGCAGGUCGCAAUGUGGGUGUCUUUGUCGGCGGCAACUUUUCCGACUACGAACUCAAUAAUCUGCGGGAUAUCGAGACUAUGCCUCAGUUCCAGGCCACGGGUAAUGCAUCUGCCCUCCAAUCCAAUCGAAUUUCUUACUUCUUUGAUUUUUCGGGUCCGAGUUUCACUGUCGACACUGCGUGUUCAUCUUCUCUGGUCGCCCUUCAUUAUGCCGUGCAGAGCUUGCGGAGCGGCGAGUCCAGCGAGGCACUGGUUGGUGGUUGCAGAUUGAACAUUCUUCCUGAUUAUUUUGUUUCUAUGUCUAUGUCACAACUAUUUAACGAUGACGGAAAAACAUAUUCCUUCGACGAGAGAGCGAAAUCUGGCUUCGCUCGAGGCGAGGGUGCGGGCGUGGUGAUGCUCAAACCACUUGAUGCUGCACUGCGCGACAAAGAUCCUAUUCGAGCCAUAAUCGCUAAUUCCGGCGUCAACCAAGACGGAAGGACAAAGGGUAUUACAUUGCCGAAUGAGUACGCGCAGGAGGAAUUGAUUAAGCGUGUGUAUAAGGACGCUUUACUCAACCCCGAGGACUGCGGCUAUGCUGAAAUGCAUGGCACUGGAACCAAGGCUGGUGAUCCUAUUGAAGCGCGCGCCGUGCAACGGGCCCUGGGAGGCGGUCGCACGGCCAGAAACCCACUCUAUAUUGGUUCUGUGAAGUCUAAUAUUGGCCAUUUGGAAGGUGCCAGUGGUAUUGCCUCCAUCAUUAAGGCUGCUAUGGUCCUUGACAAGAGUCUCCUGCUGCCGAACUGCGACUUCCAGAAGCCCAACCCUAAUAUCCCUCUCAACGAAUGGAACAUGAAGGUCGUGACCACUACGCGACCUUUCCCUCGCGGCAAGAAAUAUAUCAGUGUCUCCAACUACGGUUUCGGAGGUACCAAUGCGCACGUGGUGCUUGAAAAGCCUCCCGUAGCACCAUCCUCUGAAGAUAAUGCGGAGGCAGAUGGAGAUCCCAAGCGCCGACUGUUUUUGAUCUCAGCUGCCGACAAGGAGUCUCUGAAGGCUAGAAUCCAGGACUUUGGUGUCUACUUUGAACAGCACCCUGAGGUCUUCGAGAAUUCGCUUUUUGGCAACUUCUGCUAUAGCACUGGAAGCAAGUUGUCUCAGCUUGCUUACCGCGUUGCUGUUGCGGCCACGUCACUGGAUGAGCUUGGUAUGCGUCUUGCUCAGCUGAAAAUCAACCCGGCUCGAGUGCUGGGCGCUCCCAAGAUCUCCUGGGUCUUCACAGGCCAGGGCGCCCAAUGGGCUACUAUGGGUAUGCCGCUCAUGGAAGAGUAUCCUGUCUUUGCAUCUGCCAUGGAACGAGCCGAUCAGUGCUUGCUUGAUCUCGGCGCAGACUUCUCCCUUCUCGAAGCGCUUCGGCAGGAGGCUUCUGUAUCCGAAAUCAACUCGCCGCAUCUCAGUCAGCCGGCCUGUACGGCCCUUCAGAUUGCUCUGACUGACCUGCUUUGCUCUUGGGGUAUUCAGCCCGACUCUGUCGUUGGCCACAGCUCUGGCGAGAUCGGUGCCGCCUAUGCGGCCGGAAUUUACGAUCUGGAGGCUGCCAUGGCACUUGCCUACCGCCGUGGUCAAAUGACUUCUCUGCUGAAGAGCAGUUACCCGGGCCUGCAUGGAACCAUGAUGGCUGUUGGUGCCAGCCCAGAGGAGAUCAAGUCGAUGCUGAAACUUCUCAAGUCGUAUGCUACCAUUGCUUGCGUGAACAGUCCUUCCAGUGUUACCAUCUCUGGAGAUGUAGAUGCCAUCACCGAGCUCGAGAUCAUAUUGAAUGAAAAGCAGCUCUUUAACCGUCGUCUCAAGAUCGACGUGGCUUAUCACUCUGACCAUAUGAAGAAUGUUGCUGAGGCGUACCUCAACGCUAUUGAAGCUAUCAAGCCUGCGACAACAGGAACAGCUACUUUCUUCUCAUCCGUCACUGGCGAGAUUGCUGAGCCGGCUGACCUUGGUCCCACAUACUGGGUGCAGAAUUUGACAUCCACAGUCUUGUUCGCUAACGCCCUUGGCAAGAUGUGUGCUGACGACGAGUACCGACCAAACAUGCUCAUGGAGCUUGGCCCUCACUCUGCCCUUAAGGGUCCCAUCCUGGACACCCUCAAGGGCGUUGGCUCAUCCGCCUCCAAGAUCGGCUAUGCGCCCACGGUUCUCCGUAACGUCGAGCCCUCGCAGUCCGUUCUGGAUGCCGCUGGAGCUGCAUACGUGCGUGGUGCCGCUCUCAAGAUGACCGAGGUCAACUUCCCCACAAGCAAAGCCAAGAACCGCUCCUUCUUGCGUGACUUGCCUCGCUACCCAUGGCAGCACGGUACUCGUUACUGGCAUCAGUCUCGCAUUGCCGACAAGCACUGCCACAGAGACGGCAAGCGAAAUGACAUUCUGGGAACUGCAGCUCUGUACUCAAAUGACCUUGAGCCUACAUGGCGUAAUAUUGUCCGCCUUGAUGAUAUCCCUUGGCUUCGUGAGCACAAGAUGCAGGGCAUGAGCGUGUAUCCCAUCGCGGGAUACCUGGCAAUGGCCACCGAAGCCGCUCGGAGACGUGCAGAGACAAACGAUGUGGCAUUCUCUCAGUUCGAGUUCCGUGAGGUGAAGGUGGGUGCAGCUCUCGUGUUGACUGACGAUGUUGACGCUGAGACUACCAUUACCCUUCGUCCCUACGCCGAGGGUACUCGCGGCAACUCUGAUAUCUGGGAUGAGUUCCGCAUCUGCUCGUGGAACACCAAGCGCGCCUGGACUCAGCACUGCACGGGUCUGGUUCGUGUCCGAGCCAACAAGAAGCAGCAGACAGCCGUCUCCAACGUCGCCAAGGCUGAGCUGAAGCACAUUGGUGUCCAAACUGAGAAGGUGAUGACCGCCGCUACCUAUAAGAUCGACACCCAGAACAUGUACCAGGUCCUUUCCGAGGUCGGUGCUGGCUACGGACCUUGUUUCCAGGGGUUGGAGAACUGCUUCUCUGACCCGCGCCACUCGCGCGCAGAUCUGUACCUCCGCGAUACCAAAAACGUUAUGCCUAAGAAUUUCGAGGCCCCGCUUACCAUCCACCCCGUCUUCCUGGAUGCGCUACUUCACCUUGUCUGGCCCAUUCUGGGUAAGGGUCGCAUGGAGCUCGAUACGCUGUACAUGCCUACUAUGAUCAAGAACCUGAUCAUCAGUAACAACAUGCCCACCGCUCCUGGUGACUUUGUCAAGGCCUGGUGUAAUGGUGGCCCCAGUCUGCCAACUCCCGAGCCCACCAAGUUUGACCUCUGGGUGACUCCUCAGGACUCUACGGAGGUCAUCAUCAAUAUGGAAGGCCUGAUCAUGACGCCUCUGAAGGAACCUGGUGCGGACAGCGGGGGAAAAGUCACUGACUUGUGCUACAAGUUUGAGUGGCUGCCCCUGGCUGAGGCUGAAGCGGUCCCUGUUGAAGAGGUCGAGGAGCCCAACGGUCAGAUGAAUGGCCAUGCCACGGAGCCCAAUGGUGUUCAUCUUACCAAUGGUCACGCUACGAAUGAAGAACUCACCAAUGGAGAGCUCACCAAUGGACAUGCUACCAAUGGGCUUACCAAUGGUCAUGCCAAUGGUCAUGCCAAUGGUCAUCUCACUCUUGAGGAGAAGGCCCAUGUCAAUGGCAAUGGAAUUGCCAACGGUGUCAAUGGCGUUCACACCGAGGAGCUGUUGAUCAUGCAGUACGGCAAGCCCGACGGUAUCGCUAACAAGUUGGACGAGGCUGUCUCUAACGAGACCUUCAACUGGAAGCCUUCGAUUUGCUCUAUGGAGGAGACUGAUUCCACCGAGAAGCAUGUCGUCGUUCUCCAAACCGGCAACAAGUCCCUUCGUGAUCUUACUGUCGAAGGUUUUGAUACCAUCAAGAAGACUCUGCUCGGCGCUUCUCACGUUCUCUGGGUUUACCGUCUAGACAACCCUGACGCCCAGAUGAUCGUUGGUCUUACCCGCAGUCUACGCUCCGAGACUCUGGCUAAGGUCGCCACAUUGGGACUUGAGACCGAUGAUAUCCAGAAGCCUACCCCUGCCAUUCUGGCUGCUAUCAACGCCCUAUGGCCUGCCGAGGGCGAGAAGCCCUGUAAGGACUUUGAGUUCCGUGCCCGUGGCUCCGACCUUCUUGUGCCUCGCAUUUCAAACGAUACCGCAGCCAACUCCUUCGUUCACAACGAGACUCACGAAAAGACCAUUACGAAUCAGCCAUUCCAUCAGCCUGGUCGCCGUUUCAAGCUUGAGAUUGCUAGUCCUGGUGCUCUCGACACUUUGUACUUUGCGGAUGACAUUGUUGGCCCUCUGGGUGACGACGACAUUGAGAUCGAAGUCAUGGCAACAGGUCUUAACUUCAAGGACAUCGUCGUCACAAUGGGUCAGCUCGCUCAGCCUUGGAUCGGUAUUGAGUGCAGUGGCGUUGUCUCGUCCAUUGGAAAGAACGUCACCAGUCUCCAGGUUGGUCAGCGUGUCAUGGCUUUGCCUGAGGGUGCUUACUCGACCUAUGCCCGCUGCCAUGCUACCAGUGCCGCUCCUAUUCCCGAGGACAUGUCAUUCGAGGUUGGUGCGACUGUGCCAGUCGUGUUCUGCACAGCUUACUACGCCCUUGUUGACCUUGGCCACCUCGAGGCUGGUGAGCGUAUUCUAAUCCAUGCCGGUGCAGGUGGUGUUGGCCAAGCAGCUAUCAUGCUGGCACAGAUGAUUGGCGCCGAGAUCUUCGUGACUGUCGGCAGCGUUGAGAAGAAGCACUUCCUCAUGACGCAGUACGGUCUCCGUGAAGAUCACAUCCUCUACUCUCGUGACUCGUCCUUUGGCCGUGGCAUCAAGCGUGCUACCAACGGCAAGGGUGUCGAUGUUGUAGUCAACUCUCUGGCCGGUGAUCUUCUCCGUGAGACCUGGGAGACUCUUGCCCCGUUCGGACGCUUCAUCGAGAUCGGCAAGGCUGAUAUCACCAAAAAUACCCGUCUGGAUAUGCUGCCGUUCGAGUAUAACGUUAGCUUUGCUUCUGUUGACUUGACCAAAGUUGCCCAGUACAAGCCUAAGCUGAUGAAGCGUCUUCUUGAUAACGUCUACGAGCUUAUGACCAAGGGAACUGUUUCUCCCAUUCUGCCUCUAACUACAUACCGGAUCUCCGAGCUCGAGACGGCUUUCCGUACUCUGCAGACCGGUAAGGCAAUGGGUAAGAUCGUGGUUGUUCCUCACAAAGAUGACCAGGUCAAGGUAAGAUCAAUCUCCCGUAUGAUGAAAUCUAAAGCUAACUCUCUCCAGGCCGUAGCAGCCAAGGUUGGCUCAUCCAUCCUCAAGGCUGACGCCUCCUACAUUCUCAUUGGAGGUACUGGUGGUCUCGGACGAAGCAUGGCCAAAUGGAUGUCCUCAAAGGGCGCACGAAACAUCGUCCUCGUCUCCCGCAGCGCAUCCAUCAAUGAUAAAGUCCAGGCCCUAAUCGACGAGCUCGCCGCCGUUGGCACAACAAUCAGCGUCAAGGCCUGCGACGUAUCCAACGUCAACUCCGUCGACAACCUCAUCAAUGAGAUGAAGGGACUCCCACCGAUCCGCGGUGUCGUCCACGGCGCAAUGGUCCUCCGCGACAUGCUCUUCGAGAAUAUGACCCUAGAGGACUUCCAAGCUGUAACAUCCAGCAAAGUCGAAGGGGCCUGGAACCUGCACCACGCCCUCCACAACUCACCCCUAGACUUCUUCAUCGCACUCUCCUCCGUCGCCGGUGUAAUCGGCAACCGCGGCCAAGCGGCCUACGCCGCCGCCAACGUCUUCCUCGACGGAUUCAUGGAAUACCGCCGCAGCCAAGGUCACCCUGGAACCACAAUCGACCUGACCGCGGUCCGAGACGUUGGCUACCUCGCCGAAGUCGACAGCAAGCGCCAACAGGAAGUCCUCAAGAACAUCGGAACAGAUGGCAUGGCCGAAGCAGAAGUCCUAGCCCUCUUCGCCGCCGCCAUAACAGGAGACCUCUCACAAUCAUGUUCAGGCCAAUGCAUCACUGGUCUCAGCCUCAAGGACAGUCUAGACCACUUCUGGGCGCAGGACGCCAAGUUCAGUGGUCUAUACGAAGCCGCGAAGGAGAACCAUGGAAGCAGUACCGGGCGCGACGGACCGUCUUUGCCAUUGAAUGUGCAGCUUGCUAAUGCAGCCUCGAAGGAAGAGGCACUGGGGAUUUGCUACGAAGCGCUUGCGGCGAAGCUGGCGCAGGUGCUUGUUCUCUCGUUGGAGGAUAUGGAUCCGACUAUCACGGUCGCGUCACUUGGGUUGGACUCAUUGGUUGCUAUUGAGAUUCGGAAUUGGAUUGCGCGUGAGGCGAAUGCCAAUGUGCAAGUUUUGGAACUGCUUUCGAGUGGCUCGUUGAUGGCUUUGGCGGAGAUCAUUCUUAACAAGUCGUCGACUUGA